AUGACAGAAAUGGUCAGUUUUAGAAUUUUUCAGGCAUUCAAUUUUCGAGGGAAACAGAAAAAAUAUUAUCUACAUUUCGUUUUGUUUUCGAAUCUGAAAGAAUCUCUGAAAAACCAAGAGUCACAGAGAAAUAAAAAAAUGGAAGAUAGGAAGUCAGCUGUUUGUGGCAAUCAUUCCAUUUGGAAUUUGUUUGCUUGGUUGUUCGAAGAUGAAAAACCCAUUUUAUUGGAUAGUUGGAAUAGGAAAACGGAAUAUGAGAGAGGUCGAAUUACAGAAAGAGGGAUGAAGAUGGACUAUUCUUUCAAACGUGGAACAAAGAGUGAAAAAGGAUGGAGUUGUGGAGGCAAGCCGUUGGAGACGGAGUUCGGGGCUAUAAUGGGAAUGAAGCUGGCGACUACUGCAAGAAGGAAAAAAGAGAAGGGACGAGUGCGCAUUCUUCUGUACCCAUAUUAA